CGGUCACACUGCUCGCCAAUAUCUUUGCAAAAACAAAACAAUCCGGAAAAACAGCGUAAAUUAAGACAGUUUCUGAGUUUCUGAACCAAAAAUGACGCAGGACAUGCUGCUCGGCAACGAGGAACCUAGCAAGAGCAAGGAGACCUUCCUGGAAAAGUUCUGCGUGCUGGCCAAGUCGGCAAAUGGCGCCGCACUGCUCGACGUGAUUCGCCAGGCUCUGGAGGCCCCAAAUGUCUUUGUUUUCGGCGAAUUACUGGCAGAACCCUCCGUGGCGCAGCUGAAGGAUGGACCAGAUGCCAAAUAUUUGGAGACCCUGAACUUGUUCGCUUAUGGCACCUACAAGGAGUACCGCACACAGCCGGAAAGGUUCAUAGAACUCAGUCCCGCCAUGCAGAAGAAGCUGCAGCACCUGACCAUCGUCUCCCUGGCCAUUAAGGCCAAGAGCAUCCCCUACGCCCUGCUGCUCAGCGAACUGGACAUUGAUAACGUGCGUCAUUUGGAGGACAUUAUCAUCGAGGCCAUCUAUGCAGACAUUAUUCACGGAAAGCUGUUCCAGAACACGCGCAUUCUGGAGGUGGACUACGCCCAGGGGCGGGAUAUUCCGCCCGGCUAUACGGGUCAGAUUGUGGAGACUCUCCAGGCGUGGGUCAACUCCUGCGACAGCGUCUCCAACUGCAUUGAAAUGCAGAUCAAGUAUGCCAAUGCCGAGAAAUCCAAGAGACUGUUGAACAAGGAGCGCGUGGAGCAGGAUCUCAUUAAUCUAAAGAAGGUGCUGAAGAGCCAGGCCUCGGACAGUGAUGAGAGCAUGCAGAUAGACACCCAUGGACCAGGAACGAGCGGCGGCUUGGGUUUGGGCCCCUCGGAGUUGCGCAAGAAGCCCUCCAAGCUCAGGAAUCCACGCAGUUCGGCAGUUGGCUUGAAGUUCGGCAAGUGAGUGGAGGCUAGUCGAGCGGACGGGGAGGAGGUGGAGGAGGAGCUGUCCAGCUGGAACGGCAGGCUGCUUGCCAUGCCGCGAGGCACUUGAGUGGGGCCGCUCGACACUCGGAGGAACACUUCACACCAAUGUAAUCGAAAACGCAACUCAUUUCUAAUCAACAAACAAACAAAUGUUGGCUGUCCGCAAAAUGGAUUCCAUAAUUAGCAUCAAAUUGAUCAUUUACAAACAGCAAAUACAAAGCCUGUAAUAAUAGAAACUA